UCGUCGUCGUCGUGUGCCGUGUGACUCGGUGUUUGUGUGUGUGCGUGCGUACUGUACCUGUUGAUUUACCCUUUUUUUGCGACAUUCUGCAACACUGUCAACGCCUAUAUAAACAAAUGCGCGCAACGGAUUUGCGUUUAUUCUGCGGUGUUACAGCUAACGGUUAAGUUUUAGCCAAGCGCAAAAAAUUACAAAAAUUAACAAAUAGAUAAUUUGUGAAAAGAACAAUAAGAACAUACAAGUUAAGUUCAAGUGCGCGUUAAAUUGAAGCUAAUUGCAAGACAGUUUGAUUUAGGCUUCACUUCGAUUGUUUUCCGGAAGUUGGUAGAAGCAAAACAACAACGUGACGAUGACUUCUACGUCGUCAGCCGGAACGUGCGGCGUCUCUAUCGGCCAUCAGUUGGCCAUUCUCAUUGUGUUGCUGUCAAUUGCGUCGCAAUUGUCGCCUGGUCAUGCACUGCCACGCCCCACUGUCGGUGCACUGCCAACGCAACUGUUGUUCAAUGAGCUGCUCUCGUCCGGGCCGGGUAAUGAGGACAACACCUACUACGGCGAGCAAUUGAAAUACCAGCAGCAGCAACAACAAUUGCAGCCAAAACAAGUGCCGUCAUUCAACUACUUUGUCAACAAAUGGCCCUCGCUGCGGGAUCUGCUCCUGACUGCCGACUACGAUGAUGACUCCGUGCAGCCCAUGGAGAGCGUGGAGCGCGAGCGUGCCCAGCUGGGCUCCAGGCUGUUGGCCCGCCUGCACAGGCUGGGCGAUAAUGGCGACGGCUUGGACGCUGGCGAUGAUCAGCCGCACUACAAUAUACUGGAUGAUAUGUCGGCCGUGCCCACUAAGAAGCAGAGCGAGGGCGUCAAGCUGAGCUCAAGUGCCAAGCAGCAUAACAUCAAGAAGAAUGUGCAAUUUCGUAAACAAUAUAUGUCGCCGUGCCACUUUAAGAUCUGCAACAUGGGACGCAAACGCAAUUCCGGCUCCUUUGUGUCCUACUGAAUCCGUGCCGUGGCGCAGCUAAAAGUCAAUAAUGCCCAAAAGUAAAAUAAAUGCAAAUUCAAACUGCAAGCAAAGAAUACGUUUCCCAAAAAUAAUUGCUGAAAUUAUGCCAGCCAAGUAUUGUUUACCACAUAAAAUAGUUAUAUAUAUGCAUAUAUACAAAAAAAAAAGAGUUCCCCAAAUAUGAACUCACAUCACAUAUAAACCAUAUCUUUAUAUUUGACUUUGCCUCUCUUAUUGCAAACUGCUUGCACGGCAAGUUAAACAAAUUACAAAAAAAAAAACUACAAAAAACAUAUAUAAAAUAUUUACUAUAUAUAUAUAUACGCAAAGUAUUUGAUGUUACUUUAAAUUGUAGCUGUACUUACCCUUUAUUAUAACAAUUAUGCAUUGUUCUACUAGUAUUUAGUUAAACAGAUGUUGUUAUUUAUUAAGUGCUAAAUGUUAUUACAACAUAUUUAUUGAAAACAAAUAUAUAUAUAUACACACAUACAUUAUUAUAGAUGAUUAUGUUUCAUGAAUAAAGUUUAAUGAUUAUUUAUA